CAAGACUGGAGCUUGACAGAGCUUCGGGCCGAAUAAACAAAAGUGCUCUUCAAGAGCACUUUUGUUUAUUCGGCUACUCGCAAGACUUGCGAGUAGAAAAAGCGAAAGCGAUUUUCGAGGCUUUCUUUUCAUUAUCCACAAAAUGAACCUCAGGAGGUGCGUGCUUAUUUUUUGGAGGUGCGUGCUUAUUUUCGAAGAAAUUUUGGAGGUGCGUGCUUAUUUUCGAAGAAAAACCAUGGCGUCGCAACCUUCUUGAAACAAAAUGCACUUUAGGCUUUUCCUUUUUCAGUGCCUGCGGAAAGAUACGAACUUAAGGAACUAAAUCACGACGCGCAUCUUACUUGUGAUUUAUUUGUUGUUCGUCUCAGGGUCAGGUGGUCGGUCACGGUCUGUGUUGUAUCUUCGUUCCUUGCGCCAAGUUUGUAACAAUGCAGCAAUCCGGGGGGACCUCUAUCUUGGCACCCCUCGAGAGCUGUUAGCACGACCUGACGCUCGAUUCAGAUAGAGCGAGGUCAUUGCGGGCCAUUAUUUUCCCUGAAAAAGUUAAAAAGUAAAAACCCGCAGUGCUACGGGUUAGUUUUACUAGCGCCACCCGUUGCGCCGGGCGAGUAGUGUAGCUCAUAAACGCACGGCGAAAACGGAAAAGGGAUGCUUGUCUCUAUGCCCAAAAAGGCUUAAAAUAGUCCAUCCCUCACGCUGCUGCUGUGCCGGUGGUUGUGGCGUUCGGGUGGAGGUUCGCCGGUGUGCCGGUCGUGCACUACUAGAAAGCUGUGCGUAAUAGUUCCGUGGCCCUCCCUAUGUGGUGCCUGUUCGUGUGCAUAGCAUCCCGCGGAGCGCCCUCCCAUAGAGUAGGUUUUGCAUGAAAAUAGCGACACCCGUGCGGAUCAGGUGCAGGAGAGUUGCUCGGCAUGUACCGCGACCGGGGGAGUAGUUUGGGUAGUUAAGUAGUAAUAGGAUGAAAAAGGUGCAAUAGCUUACCGACCCGCUGUUUUUGUUUACCAAAAACUAAGGUGGGACCUAGUAGCACGUAGUUCGAAAAAAGAAAAGAAGACGGUCCGUUGCUAGGCAUCGUCGACCGACGUCUUUCUUCUUAUUUGUGUCUCAUUUUUCGGUCCGUUGCUAGGCAUCGUCGACCGACGUUUUUCUUCUUAUUUGCGGUCUCAGGCUGUGCAACAAGAAGACUCGUGUACGUAUGGACUGUACAAAUAGAAGUACAGGAAAAGAAAUAUAGUUAUAUUAUUAUUAUUAUUAUCGAAGAGAAAUAUAGUUAUAGACAUGAUUGCACCACAUAGUAGAGCGAUAUGCGGAAAAAGUCUCGCAUCAUGAGCGACAUCAUGAUCACCAGUAUCACAAUCGCAUGCAUUCCCUUGUAUUGUUAGUUUAUCCAUAUUCUAUUUCCUGUAGUAUCUGUAAGGGUUGCAUAAAGAGAACGUAGUACCAACAUGUCCGAGUGUUGAUGAUAUUGCGCUGUCAAACAAGUUUGCGAAGAAAAUUCGCCGUCGAAAGCAAAAAUGCCGUCUUUCAUCGAGCCGUCAUCUGAUCAGACCGUCGGAUCAGCAGGGGCCACGACCGCAGCUGCAGCUGGUGUUGAUGAACAUGAAAAUAGUACGACUCCGGGCACGGGCGACGGACAGGAGGCACAGCUGUUGACUCCAUCAUCAACGUCGUCAACCAACAAGUUUAAUCAAGGACUCCUGGAGGAGCACCAGCGAGCGAAUGGUCUUCUCAAGAAGGAGGAGAAUCUUCUUCAGGUGAAAAAAAGUCCAACCUUUCCCCAAGGACCGGUCUGGCGCGCGCAGAUACCCAACAUGUGCACGUGCGUCGUGAUUCUGUGCGGUUGCUGUUUGAUGAUCAAGCCAACACCACUGCCGUAUAGUUCUGACUUUCGCCAAUGAGUUAGAAUUUUGACAGUGUUGACAUACUUUGACUUACUUUACAACCCAGCUGCUGCAAUGAAGACUCGUCCUGGGUAGAAGGGAAAAGAAAGUACAUGUACCAUCUAGCAAUGGGUUGGCUUUAUACAACGGCCCUGGUCGAAAAAAUAAUGAAUGACUUACUUCUCAGGCUAGGCCUGGCGCUCCUCGUUGCUCUUGUUGCCGUUGUCGCGGAUAUGAUGGACGGUUUGCUGGCCCGGUACCUCGAUGCCUGUUCCCAAUUUGGGGCAGCUUUUGACCAGCUCGCGGAUCUGGCGUGUUUCGGAAUCAGCAUUGGUGUGUAUUUCGUUCAGCACCUAGCACGCGUCGGCAAGGACCCGGAGGGGCUUCUUUUGCCCAUGGCUGGAUAUAUCUACGUCGUCUGUGCCUGUGCCCGCAUUGCACGGGAACUGGUCGUCCACAAAAUCGCCAAGCCACUUUUUUUCGUCGGUAAAUAAGAUGUUUUACAACUAUAUAUCCCGAUUACAUUUACUUUUACGAAACGAAUGCACGCAGCAUUUCCGCAGACUAAUGUUUUGACGAAGCACAUGCACACGUGGGUUGGUUACGACGAGCACAGGUUGAUAUAUCAUUUACGUAGAUAUUUACAAUUUUUAUUUUUUCAAUUUAUUGCUCACGAUCACGAUGAAAAACGUCUUUUUUGCAUUUUUAGCAUGACCUACUACGAAAGGUAUCCCGACGAAUCUUGCGGGUCCCCUUGUGAUAUCCAUGUUAAUCGUUGACGAAAGCAUGGCUUCGCUUCCUGUCGGCGUCAUUGCGACGACAAUGGUGGCUUUGUCAUGGUUGAUGGUGAUGCCGAUAGAAAUACCGAAAGACCUUGGAACGGGGGUACUGGGGACGCAAAUUCCACGGUUUCCGGUAAAAAAACGAAGCAAAAACUGGUCAUGAGGUGCGGAACACAGAGGACAGUGACGCGGUUUCGAACACCGCGUCAUACAGCGAAGCGCAACACAACCGGAGACAAGAAAAAACUACACAGGCGCACCUUCUCGAAACCGACCACUGCUGGGUCUUUGCUGGACGCGGCGAAUCCUCGGAGCGCGGCUACUUACUUCAAUCAUAUGUUCUUUCGGAUGACUCUAGAAGAAGUAACUUUUACCAUACUACUAGUCCUCUAACGAAGACUUCAAAAAGCCGUCGGGUUCUUUCGAUUGACUCAUCUUCACCGACGAUGGGACGCGGCAAAAAAGUGCACGCAUUCUUAUUCUGUUUCAGUCAAACUCAAAGGCGAAACACUGUGGCUAGCGCGUCUCCGCGUUCUACAUUUUUUUGUGGUAGAGAUUUUACCUUGUCUGCACCCAAUCUCUCCUGCACGUGACGCAACGGCGCCUCCUGCAGAUUUUCAAUGGAGCAGUAGACUAGUAGAGUACGCUUCGGCAUAUUAUUGAUGAACAAUGUCUAAUGUGAGAAGUGGGAACGUGUACAAAACGCGGUGUGAGAAGUGGGAAACUCACACUGCACAAGUGCCGACUGCUACUGCAUCUUACUCGAAACUAUUUCGACAUGUUGCCAUAUCGGAGCACUAUUGCGUUUUUGAUUGGAAAGAAGAACUACGGAGCCUAGAAUCAAAAAGUCAACUCCACAAAUUCGUCUGGAAUGGGAUGAAAUACAAUUGUGAACCAUCAUCGGAAGUCGGAGUAAAGGACGACACGACGAAUCAUUGGAAACAUUUGUAGUACGAGUGACAAAGUGAACUUGGCAUCAUGCACUAUGUGAGAAAACUUGCUGCAGUAUUGAUCUGUAUAUUUAUGCUUUUGUUGCUGCAUGAUUUUCGCAGCACUUUCCGGCACCAAUGCAACCAUGAUCAUCGACUCAGUUCUUGUUUUAACCGCUAUGAU